ACCAAUUAAAACCUAGUUUGUGUGUUUAUAUCGUCCCCAUAAAUCAACUGUAUAUGAACAUAAAACUUUUGCUUUUCAAGUGGACAUUUAAGCUAGCUAAGUUGUACAUUUGAUGAUUUACGCAAAUAAAUCAUUUAACGUUUAUCACAUUUAGUGCUGCAUUUGUGCAUACUGGUUUUAUAUUCAAAAUAAGGAUGUUUUAAUAAAACAGAUUAAAAUUAGUUCCUGAAAAGCUACAACUGCAUAUGAACAUGAAGACCAGCGUACAACAAAAUAUACUUUUAUGGACGUUCUAUAUUUCGUUGGUAUCAGUCAUUUCUUUUAAUUCUGGCUGCAGAAGAGUUCCAGACCUGCUUUGUUGCUACAAUGAAUUCCAAGAUCCAGUCACCAAUUCGUGCAAAACAUGCGACCCCGGAAGUAUAGGGUGGAACUGUCAAGAAAAAUGUGUCUCUGGUUACUACGGAGAUCUGUGUCGACAACCAUGUUUUUGCUUGGCAAAAGACUGUGACCCAGUGAUUGGCUGUCCAAGAACAGGUUCCACAGUGAAAUCAAUGCUGGACACAUCUACAAAACAUUAUGGUUUACAUGUAAAAGACCCACAACGAACAAUCAGUAUUCGUGAACAGCAGUUCUUCAGUUUACGUUACACAGAAAAUCGAAGAUCGAACACUUUGGAAAUAAUCAAUACUACCAGGAAAAGAGAAAAUAGCGUAACACAAACACGUACGCCAAGAUCCAGCUCUGACACCAGUACACCUAGUCAGGUUUCGAUUCUUGUUACAAAAUCAACACAGUCUCAUGUUUCAUAUAAAACCAGAUACAUCAAAGAACGGAUUUCUUCAAAAGUUACAAAUCUUAGACAAACCACUGUGAAGGGAAAGCUCCCAUUGAUAAAAACGUCUCCAUUUCACGCCACCGGUAGACAGGAGCCGGACCUCCCCAUCAGUAGUAUAUGGCCGCUUCUAACAUUGGUGGUAGUCGCUUUGUUUCUGUUGGUUCUUGGACUAGUAAUUAUCAUCAUACUGAUAGCGUGGUACGUUUUGAAAGUUUCAAGAAAAGAUCAACUCCCAAAAGGGGUAAAGCUGUUUCCAUAUAGGAGUUCCAUGGCUUACAAUCAGAUGCGGACAACUCUGGAUCGUGGAUACUCGUCUCUAAGGAGAUUUGACCCCCGAACAGCGAAUGGGAGACGAUCGGGAUAUAUGACCACCAAUAGCUUAGAAAUGGCCGCGACCAGUACGGUGUAAGCCAAAUUAAAUGCAAAAUAUCUGAUCGUCUAGGAAAUAGGCAUUUGUUGAUGCUUAGUAUUCCAGAAACCUUUUAUACUUAAAGAAGAAGAAAUUUAUUGAAAAUAUAGCUGAAACAAUGCUACGUACUAUCGUUACGUAUAAUGUUGUAGUUACGCCUGAUUGAGCAUCAUCUAAAAAAGAUAUUUAAUCAUUCCGAUCAAAUCAUAUUCAUAAUACAUGCGAGAUUCUGGAGUUACUGUUUUCUAAUUCGUUUGUUUAACUUAUUACUUGUUUAAAGAAUUGUACAUUUAUUGUGGAAGAUGCUUUUUGAAGAAAUUGUAAAUAAUCAAGGUUUGACAAAUCAUUUGUAUGUCACAUUUUUUUCUAUUGAAAAACGUUGUGCAACAUUUUGAAUUAUUUUCGAUCUGUACCAUUCUUUACAACAAAACCU